CUCACGAUCGUCAGUUGCAUCGCGGACACGACCAUGAGCAGACUACAGAGACUACUGUGGGCAACGGCUGUUGCGUGGGCGGUGUUGUCCCGUCCCAUACGUGGCCAAGAGGGGAGGGGGAGGACAUGAUGGCCCUGGAGAGCAAUUCGGAUCUCUCAAUGGUGGCUGUGCCGGCUGCUCCUAGACUAGAAGAUGGCAGCUUGGCCCCAGAACACAGAGCUCACACUUACCCGAGGUAUAAUGUUAGGAGGAGACAGUUCGAGGAAGCUCAAUUGCCCCAUAAUCCAGCGUUACCUCCGGCAAGGAACCCCAUGACACCUUUAGCAACUCUGGGCCAGCAGAUCGGUGAGUACAUGAGGAGAAUUGGGGAUUACUUCUACUGGUUCGUCUCUGGUAACCCACCGGUCACCCUCAGGAGAGUCAAUGGAAAGCUGCAGAGGCCUGGCCUCCCACCAAUCAGGAGGAACAUCUUCCAGAGAAAGAAGCCGACAAGGAGCAAGAAGCUCACACAUCGCCGGCUGCCCCCUCCACAACAGCAGAAGUUUGCCAGGAGGACGCAGAAGAUUGCGUUCUUGGCACACAGGCCAAUAGACCUAUCAGCAUAAAAAUCGAGGUGAUGGAAUCCACAUGAAUUACGAAAGGACCAACAGGACUUCAGAUCAUUGGGUUAUCCCUCCUCUUGAAGCAAAGAUGGUCCCAGUUCGUAUCUUGCUUCUCUUUAGAAAUUUACACUUGGGAAAUUCAUCAAUACUGGUAUUUCUUCUGGUGAGAAAACAAGCUUUUUUUAUUUUGUCUUUGGGUGUGUCAGACAACUUUUUUUUUAAAUAGUUAAACAGAUCCUGGUAGGCAAAUAGUUCUACUCUGGAUUACUAUACUGAACUGGGUUUUGGACAUUCACUCUUGAAGUUUUUUAGCCAUGUGCCAAGGGGCUAACUUAGACAAGCAUGUGUAUUCUGUGCUUAGUUGCCAGUACAAUUAUGGUACUGUACUAAAGCACGUAAAGAUAUUCUGUGACUUGUUUACAGAACAGCAGAGUAUUGCAGAGAGCUAAGAGGUUUAUGUUUGAGGUUACUUAAAUGUUUAGCCACUCUGAGCAACAAGUUAGGACAACUCACACAUUAGAUUUGCAAACUGUCUUGUUUAAUUAAAUGUUCUAGUAUUUUAACACUACAGUAAUGUUAUUUGUUACCAUUAUUUGUUCGUUUGAUUUGUAAUUUAAGUCAUUUAGAGAUUUUUUGUGAUAUUGUGCACCAACGAACACAUGGCAUUAGAUGACGCAAUGGUACAAAAUUUCACACACUGUUUUAGCCUUAGAUUUAUUGAAAUAAAAAUGAAUAAGGAA